UCCGGGUUUCUCUCCUGGCACCAAACGGUCUCCAAGGAAAGCCAGAAGCUCUCACCCGCUCCAAUAGUUCCCUCGGUAAAGACUGUAGCUUUGUAUCCACGGAUAGCGCGGGAGUUAAACAAGUUCAUCAGCUGCUACGUCGCACAAUUCGUACAGUUCCUGUUUUUACAAGUAGAUCCACAUGUCACAAAUGGGAGCCCUAAAAACCAUCGCCACCGCCGUCUGCCUGUCCGCCAUCUUGAUCCUCCUCAUCAAGCCUGCCAUUGCCGGCAGCAGCUUCACCACCAACCCCGACAUCUUCGAGGAGGACCCGAGCCGGCGCACCCUGCCGCCCCUGGCGGACUGGGAGACCGCCAUAGCCGACCUGGUGUCCCGCUACCGGCACUUGAUCCUGGAGAUCCUCGGCGACACGUCCAGCAGCCCCGCCACACAGGAGAGAAGAUCCACGGUAGCUCCGAGUGCAGCUGCCGCCGCUGCAUCCGAAACAGAAAUGUCACAUAGUCAACUCCGGAAUGUGGUAAACAGGUACCGUCAGCUCAUCCUGGGGUUUUUACGGCGGGAGGAGGCAACAGACAGGGCAGCCCAACACAACGUCAGCCGGCCGCCCACGGCUACUGGGACGACGGGAGAACAAUGAUGAAUGCCGCCUAUGACUGAGCUGAAACUUCGUGAUCUGAGAACAGCAAGAAGACCGGAGAAUAUUCCCCCCAAAACGGACAUGUUGGCAAGCUGUAAACAGGAGAUUGUUAUUGAAGAUAUCGUUGAAAUAAAAUUCUUGCAAUGCUUUUCGAUUUGAUCUAAAAAAAUUGAGCUUUCUAACGCUAUUUUUGUCAUUUAAUCAAGACAGAUAUUGGCCUGUAUUCUUCAAUAACAUGUCAUUUUCACUUUCUCGAUUAUUCAGCCCCACCUAGUCAAAUAUAAGAUUGAAUAUAAGAAAGAACUUGGAAGGCCAUUGUCAACUUCAUACAUGUAUCUUAUGUUAGGAUAAUGACUGAACAUCUCAACUGAGGUGAACCAUGACGCGUUUCUAGUGUAAGUUUAAAGGGAACUUAAGAAAUAAAAACUACUCCAGCA